AUGCGUACCAUGUCUUAAAUUGAUAAAAUUGAACAUGCCUGAUUAACCAUUCUGAACAGGGAAAAAAGUCCAUAACAAAACUCUUCGUUUGUAGGACAUGCGCAUUCGUUCUCCGUAGGUUUCGUUUGGUGUUGAAAGUGAGCAUGCGUGUACUGAGACGUUUGGCUCUCUGAAGUUUGAAUAGGACAGAAGUCGCGCGUCCUGGGGCUGUCAGUUGCUCACUUUCUUAAAGGAAUAGGCCGUAUUUGUGUCUCAGCAUGUCAAUAGUAACAAUGCAGCUUGGUCAGUGUGGCAAUCAGAUUGGUUUUGAAGUGUUUGAUGCUCUAUUUAGUGACUCACACUGUCCCCAGGGACUCUGCUCUAAAAGAGAGAAUGAGGCAUACCAAGCAUCUUGCAAAGAAAGAUUCUUCAAUGAGGAGGAAAAUGGAGUGUCAAUUGCCCGGGCUGUACUUGUUGACAUGGAACCUAAAGUUAUUAAUCAAACAGUCACAAAGGCUGCCCAGUCUGGCCGAUGGAAAUAUGGCCAGCAUUCAUGCUUCUGUCAAAAACAAGGUUCUGGAAACAACUGGGCAUAUGGUUACUCUGUUCAUGGACCCAGGCAUAAAGAAUCUAUAAUGGACCUAAUCCAGAAGGAAGUGGAGAAAUGUGACUCUUUGAGUGGCUUUUUCAUCAUAAUGAGUAUGGCUGGGGGCACAGGAUCAGGACUAGGAGCCUUCAUUACACAGAAUUUACAAGAUCAGUACUCAGACUCUUUGAAAAUGAAUCAUAUUAUAUGGCCUUAUGGAACUGGUGAGGUUAUUGUUCAGAACUACAACUCCAUUUUGACUCUUUCUCACUUGUACCGAUCUUCAGAUGCCCUCCUUGUUCAUGAGAAUGAUGCUGUUCAUAAGAUCUGUGCAAAACUGAUGGAUAUCAAGCAUAUCUCCUUUAAAGAUAUAAAUCAGGUCCUUGCACAUCAGCUGGGAAAUGUGUUCCAGCCUACUUAUUCUUUAGAAGGCUCAUGUCACUACAGAAGAAAUCCAUUAGGAGACUUAAUGGAGCAUUUAGUUCCCCAUCCUGAAUUCAAGAUGCUGGGUGUUCGUAACAUUCCUCAACUGUCUGAGAACUCACUGGCAUAUAGCUCAUUUACUUGGGCUGGCCUCCUCAAGCAUUUGAGACAGAUGCUCAUUUGUAAUGCAAAAAUGGAAGAAGGUAUCGAUUGGCAGGUGCGGCCACCCUCAUCAAGACUUCCUACUGUUGGUAAAAUGUCUCUCAAUAAGGAGCUUCGUUUUAAUACUUCCAUUGCUAACUUGGUUAUCCUUCGUGGGAAAGAUGUGCACAGUGCAGAUCUGGGGGGAUUUAAAGAUCCAGCCCUGUAUACUUCCUGGUUAGAACCUGUGAAUGCUUUCAGUGUAUGGAAAACCCAGCGAGCCUUUAGCAAAUAUGAGAAGUCUGCAGCAUUGGUCAGCAAUAGCCAGUUCUUAGUAAAACCACUUGAUAUGGUUGUGGGCAAAGCAUGGAAUAUGUUUGCUUCAAAAGCCUAUAUUCAUCAAUACACAAAGUUUGGAAUUGAAGAAGAGGACUUUUUGGACAGUUUCACAUUGUUAGAACAAGUUGUUGCCAGUUAUUGCAACCUCUGAUCUUGGAAAAGGGAAAAAGAACCUUAUAUCAUCUUUGAACUAAAAUAUUUUUAGUACUACCCUCUCUGUUAGGCUUUCAAAUUCCUAUCUGUUAAAGUAACAAAGUUAAAUGCCGUUUCCUUUGGCAUACCCCACAGAAAGGAGAAAGGCCUUUUACAUGGAGAACAACAUGUUUUCAGAGAAAACAUCUACCUGGAAUUUUCACUUGUAAGAAAAAAUAUUGGUGCUUCUAUAAAGAAAUGUGGGUACACUUAGCUGAAAAUUUGGAACUCUGGAACUAUCCAAAAAAAGGCAUAUUCUGUUUUGUCUCCAUGUCCCUAAGUCUUCCAUCUUUUUUUCCCAAAAGGAAUCAUUAAAUGUGAACUAAACUUUCACAGCACAAAUUUAAGCCUAGAAAUUGCAAUUGUUGUUUGUAUUCAUCUUUGAAGUGAACGAUUCGAACCACAAGAGGGAGCUAUUGUCAAAUGUUAUAGUGUGAACAUCUAUUCAAAUUUUUUACUCUAUAAAAGGGUAAAGUUUUCCACUUUAAGCAGCUAUUUAAAAAGAAAUGUCAGGAUUUUGUUAAAUAUGUAUAUCAUGCUUAAAUACAAAGUAAGUAAGCAAAUGUUAGCUUUGUCUUAUAUUUUCUGGGCAUCAGAAAACUGGUUUAUCUUUUAGAUCUUAGAAUGCCAAAGUAGAAUUGAUUUUAUUCAGCUAGUGCUUUAAAAUUCCCUAAGAUUUUUAGCUGGUGUGGAAGAUGCUUACGUGCUUUCCAGUGCAAGGGGUAAGAGCUUCACCAAAAUUUCACUUGAGAAAAUUAUCUCCAAGGAAAUACAGUGCUUGAUGACAUUGAUAAAUACAAGAUGUGGGUUUCACUCAGGACAAAACACACUUGAAAAUUGGCAAAUGCGUUUAAUGGGAACGUGCAUUUGAAUAGAAGACGUCACAUGCACUGUAUUAACAAAUGUAAAAUGGGAAACAAAUAGGAACAUUUGCCCUUUCUGCCAAAUCUACUAGUGGUGACUUACUUUCAUGUGGAAAAAUGACAGUUCACAGCUUCACUGGUUUCUUCCUUUUCUUUCCAUAUGGAAAUGAUUACCUUUUUGCUGUUUUUCUUAUCAACUGUUGCUAUGAUUUAAAAUGCUGAGCCAUAUCUUAUUUCUAAGGAAUGUAAAAAAGUGGUCUGUUGAGCUACUACAAGGCACACCCCACUGCUGCAUUUUGUUAACCCAAGUAUACUUGAAAAAUAACUAGAUCAUGAUUUUUAGAAAAUAAAGUUAAAAGUGAUUGUUUAACACUGAAGAGAUCCGAAGACUGAAAACAAUUUUCCAAACUGAAUGAGCAGGAAUGAAGGUCUGUACCUGAAUUAUCUCCCCAGGGGUUAAGCUGAUUCUGAGGAACCUUGCUAGAAGUUAAGCUUAAAGUAAGAAGUUGAAAUCAUUUUUUAUUUGAGAAAGUAACUCAUGGGGAGGUACCAAUGGGGACAAGUACAUUUCUAAUUUGACAGCUCACAGAAUCAGUGGCAGGUGAAUAUUAGAAGUAAACCCCAAUAAGAUAGAGCUCUGGGUCCAUUCAUGUGAGCUGACCCUUUUUUAUGAUCCACAACUGCAUUACUUGAUAUGUACAGAUACCUAAAUACUUGCAAACCUGUUUUAAACAUACACAUGGACUAUACUUUUCUGUAGUCUAUUUGGAAUAACAAAAAUGUUUUGCUAUUAGAGUUGUGAUUCUAACUUAAAAAUUAACACAAAGACACCUCAUGCCAAAGCUUUGAGAUAAAUGGUGUGGCACUGCAAAUAUACUUUGAUUUGUGUGGAGAAAAUGGCCAGUAAGCCAGGACAACAUUUGAAUCAUAACUUUCUGGGCAUACAGAUCCAGAAGCUUGAAUAUGUCAUUUCUUGUAUUAAUUUAAUUACUGGGUAACUGGCAUACUAUGUUGUCACUCAUAUUUCACAGAGCCGGGAUUGCACCCUGAUAGGCAGUGAGUAGUGUGUAAAUUCAAACUGCUUCUUAUCUUUAAACCUUUUCACUUCCUCUUUUUUACUUUCUCAAGGGCUCUUAAAGCUGUAGAGGUUGUUUCUUCUCAUUCAUCCCCUCUUCUUCUAGCUUUGGGUUACCCCCUAUACUACCCAAUCUGCAACAUUUUUCUCCUUUAACCUGUCACUUAGAACUCAGUAAGUGUGCCCACAAUUCACUGUUCACAGUCAAUACAUUCAUUCAACCAGUAUCUGUUCAGUGGCAGGCACUAAACAUGAUGUUAAGGAUAUAGGGAUCAAUACCAGAUAGUCUAAAUUAAGAAGCUUCACAAUGUAGUAGUUUCUUUGGGUAUCUGGUGCUACAAUUCUAGUUUCCUAAUUAGUACUUAUUACAUUGCUCAUGCCCAUGUUUAACUCCUUUACAGAAAGAUGUAAUACAACUGGAAGAACAAUGAACUGGGAGUUCUAGUUUAGGCUCUAAGUUUUUCUGAAACAUCUCCUCACUGGCUCUGUAGACACCCCUCUGCAGGGUACAUACCAGUGAUUCUUCUCCUGACCACUAUGUUUAUCACACUUGAAUUCUUGUCAAAAAUUUUGCUUUAAAAUAUGCUCUGUGUGUUCCUAUCGCACUAUUCUCUUCUCAUGAGCCCAACCUUUGGCAGACAACUCUCUCUUGUUCCUCCACCUGCCAAAUAUGGCUUUACCCACUAACUUGUCAUUUUGACAGUCUGUUAUUUAAUUUAAGAGAUAUUUGCUCAUUAGUAUCAAUCACAUUGUUUCCUGUGGAUUUUAGGAAUGUGAGCUAAAAAAUAUGGCUUUAUAUUUUUAACUAAAUAACUUCCUACCCCUACACUCUGAAAUGUCUCAGACAAUGCUAUGUCAACCUUAUUAAUAAAUGGAAUCCCAUUUCAACCAACAGGAAUGUUUGCAUAAGAAGUUAAGAUAAACAAUGUAAAUAUUUCAAGUUUCUGGGGAACACAGUGUCAGAUCAGUGUUAGAGAAGAUAUGGCAUUCAGGGGACAAGAGGGAGAAAAAAAUCCUAAUCAUAUAGACUCCAGGAAGCCAAUGAAGUAGGAAGAGAUGAAAAGGAAGGUUGGCUGUGGUGGCGGCCAAUGAUGCCUCCAAAGAAAGCUAAUAGUUCACAAGCAUUAAAAAAAAAAAGACUUGAUGGUUUUUGAAUUACAGACUUUAUCUAAUGAUGAAAAAUCUAUGAAUAGCUUACAGUAGCUUAAAAAAAAAGUUAAAUCACAUGUCACUUAGCAAAUAAUUCUGUCUUACCUGAAUUUCUCUCUUUUGCCAAUGAUGGAGCUGAUAAGAUGGAUGCUUUUAUGGCCCUCUUGUCCUAUUUGAAUUUAAUUAUUUUCAUGGUGAGUGCACAAAAAUUCCAUGUUAUCCAAUAAUGUAGCCAUCAGCCACAUGUGGCUAGUGCUCUAAGUAUAAAAUACAGAUUGGAUUUUGAAGACAAUAUGAAUAAAGACUGUAAAUACUAGUAUUUUUAAUUAUUGAAAUGAUAUUUUGGACAAAACAGGUUAAAAAACUCAAUUUGGUAAUACCUGUUUCUUUUUGCAUUUUAAAAUGUAGCUACUAAAAUUUUAACACUAUAUUCCUGGCAUGUAUUUCUAUUGGACAGGGCUAUUCUGGACAUUUCAGGAGCAAGGUCCUGGGAAUUAUAGAAACGAGUUGAACAAAACGUCUUUACUAGGAGAGAGGUCAUGGGAACAUAAUAGUAAGAAACGUGACAAGGCAAAAGAUGGGAGUUCACUUUUGGGGCGGGGGGUGGGGAAGGCCUUUGCAUAAGCUCAGCUAAUGUGAACAGUGUGAAAAAGGCAGGAUAUGAGCUUAAUUCCACAAACAUUCACCAAACACCUGCAAGGAGGGACACCGCUAGGAUAGGGAGAUAACAAACGUGAGUUAAAGCUGGCCCUUGUCCUUAAGGAGUUCACCGUUUGGUAUGUUCUUUACUGCAAAGCAUAUGGCUGGCUCAUGGUAGAGACCCCAUGUUUACCGAACAGAUUAAUGUUCAUGUCUACAAAGCUAUGGAAGAGGUGUAAAGCCGAAGCUACCAGCAGACAGGAAGCCCAUUAAAGUUCCUGUAUUAGCAACAGAGGUCACAACUGUUUAGAUGAAAACUAAGGACCUGGAAAUAUAAAGCUAAUUCAAAAUAGUUUGUCUCUGAAGCCAAUUUGCAUAAUUAAAAGCCAUUUAAGACAAUAUAGAAACUCAAUGUAUCAACAAAAUGAAGAAUUGCCCUUUUAAGUCUUUGCCUACGAUCUAAACUCAAUUCCAAGCCUUCUAAAUUUUGGCCACUCCCUGUCUCCCACUGAUCCCGUUAUGUGUGCUGUAGUAGCUGAGGCAAACAGAAAUGACUUUUAAAUGUUAUGAAAAAAAAAACAUGGAUUUACCUCUAUGGUUAUGUUUAAUUUUGUUCAGUAAGGACAGGGAAGGAGCAGUCUAUCACUGCCCUGAAGAUACAGAUAGAAGUCGUGCCCCAGUGACCCUGCCUGCCCGCCCCAGCUCUGCCCCAACUGCCAGGCCAAGAGCAAGAAUGGGGGGUUCAGAGGAUUUGUGAGCAGGACUGGAAGGAUAUACACUAGAUUUCAUAGUAAUUUCUUUGGGGGAGUGUCUUUCUCAGGGGGCUUUCUUCCUUUUCAUAGU